CUGACAGCAGCCCUUCCCCCCCCCAGCAGAGGCCCAGGAGCUCCGGCACACGCCACGAAGGCGCCGACCCCGCAAACCCACCCUUGGGCUGAAGGGCUCUGCAGGUUCAGAGGGUCCUGGCAGCUUUAAACCAAACCAGCUGCGGAACUGGGAAAAGCUCUGCUGGGAGAGGGCGGCUUCGCCGGGUUUGGACCGAAGCAGCGCAGUCAGACCCCGCCUUCCCUGGGCGUUAUGGCAAUAAAGUCACCGCGACCCGGCAGCUUUAUAAUGAGCCCGUCCCCUUUGCCCCCCAGGAGCCCAAGGAGUGCAGCGCUCUUGGAAAGGAAGACCCACAAGGGAAGCAAAUGGGUGCGCAGUGCUCAAAGGCAAACUGAAAGCUCAGAGCUGCCAAGCACGAAAACAAAGAGGAAUUCAGGCCUGGAGCCAGGGAAGCAAAGCACUCAGACAGCCAAGCAGCAGCAGAGCGCUCUCAAAGGAGCCCAAAGCGAAGCAGCGCUGAAGCGCUCCGCUGGACGGAGGCCAUGAAGUCGUCCUGCGCUGCUGCCCCGCUCCUUUCUGCGCAGAACCACGGCGUCCUGCAGCCACGGCGGGGAGGAGCACAUCCAGCGUCGCCAGGAGGUGCACGUGGUGAUGGGCAACGAGGCCUGCGACCUGGACUCCACCGUGUCUGCCCUGGCGCUGGCCUAUUUCCUGGCAAAGAGACGACGUUCCUGCUGCGGGAGCACAGCAUUGCGGACUCCUCGCUCAUCUUCCGCGAUGAGAUCGACCUGGCGGGGCUGCACAGCGCCGGGCUGCUCUCACUGACCUUGGUGGAUCACCACGUCCUGCCCAGCGCCGACGCAGCCCUGGAGGAGGCCGUGGUGGACGUGCUGGACCACCGGCCGUUGGAGCGGGAGUGGGCACCCAGCUGCCAGCUCACGGUGGAGCUCGUGGGCUCCUGCGCCACGCUGGUGACGGAACGGAUCGCCCAGGGCCCCCCGGGUGUGCUGGACCGGACCACGGCGGCGCUGCUGCACGGCACCAUCCUGCUGGACAGCGUGAACCUGAGCCCCGCGGCCGGCAAAGUGACGCCCCGCGACGUGCGCUGCGUCUCCCUGCUCGAGUCGCGCUUCCCGGAGCUGCCGCCCCACGACAGCAUCUACGGAGCCCUGCAGGCAGCCAAGUUCAACGUCUCAGGGCUGACGACGGAGCAGAUGCUGCGGAAGGACCUCAAGACCGUCUCCGGUGAUGAACAAGUCCUCGCCACCAGCGGCAUCUACAUGGACAUAGAGCUCUUCCUGCGCCGCCCCGGUUUGCUGCAGGACCUGGAAGCGUUCUGCCAGGCUCGUGGCUACUCCGUGCUGGUGGCCAUGACGGUUUCCUUUAACGAGUGCUAUGAGCCCAAGCGGCAGCUGGCGGUGUACAGCCGGCACGAGGCCCUGCGCAGCACGGUGUGCCGUGCGCUGGAGGAGGCCACAACCCCGGCGCUGCAGCUGCAGGCCCUGCCCAGCCCCUGGCCCUGCAUCAGCGCCUACGCGCAGGGCAACACGCUGGCCUCCAGGAAGAAGGUGCUGCCCAUCCUGCGAGCCGCUCUGGGGGGGACGCCGGGCACCGCAGCAGGGAUGGAGGAGGAGGUGGCCCCCCCACCCACCCCGAUGAACAGCCUGGUGGAAGAGAGCCCGCUGGCGCAGGCUGUGCCCCCCAUCUGCCCCCAGGCUGUGCUGGAGCGGGUCAGCCGCAUGGCCGCCGAGCAGCCGCCCCCCGACUGCGACAAGUGAGGGGCCGAGGUGGCGCUGGGGUGCUGUGGGGUCCCGUCCCCAGCACGGAGCCGCUGCUUCCUCUGAGCCCGGCUGGCUGCCGCAGCCCCCUCCUCACUGCCGACUGCCCCAGUGCCCCCCCUUCCCACCGGGGUUGGUGCUGUGGGGCCGCAAGGAGCCGGGCAGCACACGGCCCACGAAGGCACUGGGGCUCUUAAGGGAUUCUUCCCCUCCUGGCCAUUGGGGGCUGAAGUGCCGCAGCUGGGCACGCGGCUGCCUGGAGGCCGUUAGCUGCCAGUUCAGUACUAAAUUUGCCUCUUCCCCCCCA